GCCUAAUAUAUCCUGGAAGUAACAUGGGAAUGUUCAUCUUUUAUUUCUGGAUUUAGUCUGGAAGGAGAACCGAGCAGCUACCGCGUUAUCUGGACGCACCACUCAAGGUAUCGGCGUCCGAGAAAUACAGUUCGUGCAUUUGAAGAGCCAGCGCGUAAAACACAAUGCAUGGGUGGCAAAGUAGUAAAAUGAUCUAGAAUUGAGAUCUGUAUAUUGACUGACUUUUAUUGUUGGGUGAAUUCACACCAAGUUCGAUAUAAUAUAAUUAUUUGAAAAUGAAAGAAAAAUCGAAAAAUGCUGCCCGGACUCGACGGGAAAAGGAAAAUAGUGAAUUCUAUGAGCUGGCCAAACUAUUGCCUUUGCCUUCUGCCAUCACGUCUCAGCUUGAUAAAGCUUCAAUUAUUCGACUCACAACAAGUUACUUGAAAAUGAGAAUAGUUUUUCCUGAAGGUAAGAUUAUUAUAUUAUUAUAUAAAAAGUUAUGUUUUAUUAUUAUUAUUAUUAUUAGGCUAUUAUAACAACCAACGUUUAUAUUGAUGUUAUCAUAAGUGUUAUUGGUGUGUUUAAUAUUGUAAUUGUGUUACAAGUUAUGCUUAGUGUUUUUAUUUUGAUGCUAGUUAUUCAUGUUCUUCUGAAAGACUAAUAAUUCAAAUCAUAAUUCCAAAUGUUGCCACAUAUUAUCAAAUAACUUUCAUGCUUCAUCAUUUCAUUGAUAUACAUGUGUAAUGUGUUAUAUUAUAAUAAUGUAUUAUAAUGAUGAAUCAUGCCAUGUUAUUAACGUUUUAGUUCCGCUCUCAUUCUGCUAAACACCUGUGCUGCCACUUCUCCUUAUUUACACGAAUCAUUGGGGAAUCAAUUAGACUACAGUCAUUAUUGUGUUUACGUUAUGGGAGAGAUGUAGGUCUACAUGCAUCUAAUUUAAGCUAUAUGUUGCAUAACAUAACUCGUUAGGUUCAAUUCCAUUCAAUAAUCUCGGCACUGUUGCAUGUGAAGGGAAUACUAUUAUUUAUCUAUGUUGUUUCCCAUACUGAUAUAUGGAAUAGUUCUGCAUUUUAGUUGGUUAAAUAUAUUCAAAUAUCGGCAGUCAGAGAUGUAGUAAAAAUGCCAUAUGGACUCAAGAUAACUUUUUUAGGCCUUUUCGCAUUGAGGCUCUUAAAUUAUGUCCAUGAAAUUGUGGCAAUAUUAUUAACUAGGACUAGAAAAUGUUGUUUUUGAUUGGAAUUUAUUCUAUCAGAAUCUACCAUAAUGUUUUUCCAAGUAGCCUAAAGAUGGCAACUUUAUGCACACGAUGGCCGGUGAAAUAAGUAGGUGCCUAAAUAUAUAAGUGACCAUUGUGCACACCUCUUUGUCUGUGAAGAAUACACUGUGUGUGUCUUUUUACAUUUAUACACGUGUAGUCCCCUUUCAGAGUCAGGCGAGCAUGAUGCUCCUGGAAGACGAUUUGCCGUCAUUUGCCACCUUCUCCCCGCGGUCUCAAUGGGCCCCUGUUCUGCGUGACCGCUACAGAGUCGCGCCAAUUACCGUCGUCCGUGCGACUAGCUGUCUGAACCCUACGAACAUAUGGGUGCCCUUGUAACACUGAGGCAAAGAGGAGAAGCUACUUCUCAAGCUCAGGCUGUAAAGAAUCACACACAAAAAAAAGCACGAGAGUAUAUGCAUUGUGGAAUUUGCUUAGGAUCGAUUCCCCCUAUGUGUCGAAUGUUGUUUUUAGGCCUGUAGGCCUAACCUAUGUAUGACGUUGCAGGUGAUCAAUGAUUCAUCGCAUGCACAGACGACUUGGGCGUACCCGUAGAUAUUAGCCUAUCAAUAAUGUUCAUGCAGUCAGUAUAAGAAGUGGAACACUGCACGUAAUAGGCCUACUGAACAUAUUUCAUCUAAAGUCUAAUUUACAAAUUCCAUAAGCACAAGUGUUUGGUUGUUAUGACGUUGUUGUGACAAGUGUCAUAUCUCGUCUGUAGUUUAUUUUAUCUUCAGCAGUGUUUUACUGAGUUGUUCAAGUGCCACAUAUCUGGCCAACACUAUACACCUACAGUGAGGGAAAAAAGUAUUUUAUCCCCUGCUGAUUUUGUACUUUUGCACACUGACAAAGAAAUGAUCAGUCUAUAAUUUUAAUGGUAGGUUUAUUUGAACAGUGAGAGACAGAAUAACAACAACAAAAUCCAGAAAAACGCAUGUAAAAAAUGUUAUAAAUUGAUUUGCAUUUUAAUGAGGGAAAUAAGUAUUUGACCCCUCUGCAAAACAUGACUUAGUACUUGGUGGCAAAACCCUUGUUGGCAAUCACAGAGGUCAGACAUUUCUUGUAGUUGGCCACCAGGUUUGCACACAUCUCAGGAGGGAUUUUGUCCCACUCCUCUUUCCAGAUCUUCUCCGAGUCAUUAAGGUUUUGAGGCUGACGUUUGGCAACUCGAACCUUCAGCUCCCUCCACAGAUUUUCUAUGGAAUUAAGGUCUGGAGACUGGCUAGGCCACUCCAGGACCAUAAUGUGCUUCUUCUUGAGCCACUCCUUUGUUGCCUUGGCCGUGUGUUUUGGGUCAUUGUCAUGCUGGAAUACCCAUCCACGACCCAUUUUCAAUGCCCUGGCUGAGGGAAGGAGGUUCUCACCCAAGAUUUGACGGUACAUGGCCCCGUCCAUCGUCCCUUUGAUGUGGUGAUGUUGUCCUGUCCCCUUAGUAGAAAAACACCCCCAAAGCAUAAUGUUUCCACCUCCAUGUUUGACGGUGGGGAUGGUGUUCUUGGGGUCAUAGGCAAGUUGAGUUGAUGCCAAAGAGCUCCAUUUUGGUCUCAUCAGACCACAACACUUUCACCCAGUUCUCCUCUGAAUCAUUCAGAUGUUCAUUGGAAAACUUCAGACGGGCCUGUAUAUGUGCUUUCUUGAGCAGGUGGACCUUGCGGGCGCUGCAGGAUUUCAGUCCUUCACGGUGUAAUGUGUUACCAAUUGUUUUCUUGGUGACUAUGGUCCCAGCUGCCUUGAGAUCAUUGACAAGAUCCUCCCAUGUAGUUCUGGGCUGAUUCCUCACCGUUCUCAUGAUCAUUGCAACUCCACGAGGUGAGAUCUUGCAUGGAGCCCCAGGCCGAGGGAGAUUGACAGGUCUUUUGUGUUUCUUCCAUUUGCGAAUAAUCACACCAACUGUUGUCACCUUCUCACCAAGCUGCUUGGCGAUGGUCUUGUAGCCCAUUCCAGCCUUGUGUAGGUCUACAAUCUUGUCCCUGACAUCCUUGGAGAGCUCUUUGGUCUUGGCCAUGGUGGAGAGUUUGGAAUCUGAUUGAUUGAUUGCUUCUGUGGACAGGUGUCUUUUUAUACAGGUAACAAGCUGAGAUUAGGAGCACUCCCUUUAAGAGUGUGCUCCUAAUCUCAGCUCGUUACCUGUAUAAAAGACACCUGGGAGCCAGACAUUUUUCUGAUUGCAAGGGGGUCAAAUACUUUUUCCCUCAUUAAAAUGCAAAUCAAUUUAUAACAUUUUUGACAUGCGUUUUUCUGGAUUUUGUUGUUGUUAUUCUGUCUCUCACUGUUCAAAUAAACCUACCAUUAAAAUUAUAGACUGAUCAUUUCUUUGUCAGUGGGCAAACGUACAAAAUCAGCAGGGGAUCAAAUACUUUUUUCCCUCACUGUACUUCAUAUUGGGUGAUUCUUCACAAAUUUAUAUUGGUGAUUUUCACGAAAUGUAAUCCAUAGAAGGGUCCUUUGGUGGAAGAAUUGUUUACAUACAUUUGACAUUUGUAUCUUAAUGCAUAAUCGAGAAAUAAAGACUUGAAUUUCGAAUAUUUGUUAUGUUUUCGCCUUACCCAGGCCUCCUUUAAGACUCUAUAAUGUUUCAUCUGUAGGUGCUACAAAGCACAAAUUGGUGUCAAAUGAAGCUUUACCACUUGCUCUGUGAUAUUAGUAGUAUAUUGAUUUCAAUAACAAUUUUCUUACAUGAAUUUAUGACUAUUGAAAAAAGUGAUUUGGCGAUUUUUUCAAUAGAGGCCAAUGUUUUAACAUAAUAUAGGUCUACCUACUCUACAGGCAUAUCAACGUUCCAGAGUGGGAUCUCUGCUAGUUUUAAAGUUAUGGCCCAUUUUAUACAGAGAAAUUGACAUAGUAGGCAAUGUAUCCAAUCACAGCCCUCCUUUUACUUGCAUCAUUGCACUUCCUGCAAAUCAUCAGCAGAGGGCUACCAUUUUGAAUCCAAUUUCACAUUCACUCUUUUGGUAAUGCUUACAAAUUGGAUAAUUACUCUAAAAGUAGCAGAGAUCCCACUCUGGAACUUUGAUCGCCUGUAGACUAUAUUAUGUUCAGCAAUAUAUAGAGAAAUUAGCCAAAUCCAAAAUGAUAGCCUAUAUUUUCAAUGUGCAUGUUUAUAUUUUUCAAUAUAAAUACAUUUAUGUAAGUUAUGUUUUAUUACAAAUACUACUAAUAUCACAGAGCAAGAUGUAAAGCUUAAUAUGAUACCAAUCUUUGCUUUGUAGCACCUACAGAUGAAACAUUAUGGAGUCUUAAAGGACUGGGUAAGGCUAAAAUGUCAUAAAUAUUCCAAAUUCAAUUAAUUAUUUCUUAAUCAUGCUUUAAGAUACAAAUGUAAAAUAUAUGUCAACAAUACUUUCUCCAAAGGACCCUACUUUCGAUUACAUCUAGUGAAAAUCCCCAAAAUCUGGCCACUCCAAUCUGUCCCCUAUAUUUUUUAAAUUGAUGAGCCAUGAUAACCACAUAGAAGUUAAAUUGCUACAGCAUUCUUACUCACGGCUGCAACAAAUAUAGCCUCUUACAAGGCACGCCUCAAAAUGUGUUAAUGAGCCAGAAACAACAAUAGGCCUACCAUGCACCCACUAGUGGUCAAAAGGUUUUUGGCGCUCCAAAGAUACGUUUUGAAAUUAUUAUUUUUACUGUCGAUAAUACCAAAAAUGUCAGUUCUCCGUUAUAGUGUAGGCUAUAGGCUAUCAACUAAAGCUCGUUAUAGAUAGGCCUGCCUAUUCUUUAAUAUUGAUAAAAGAGGAGAGUAGAAAAAAUGUAAACCAGAAAUAGUCUCUCUACUGUUAGUAGCCUAUGUACACCAGAAGCUCAUUUCAGUCACCGUUUGUCUGGGUGAAUGGAAUGAUGGGGAAAUUAUGACACGCCUAGCCUUAAUUCGUUUUUAUUAGGCUACAACUCACCGUUUCCACACUUGAUAAGGAAACAAAGUACACGGACGUUUCCGAACGCUAGCAUAUGGUAAAAUAAACUGAUGAAUAAUUGAAGCUACAGUCUCACUGGGAGGAGGGGAUAGUGGCUGUAUGGGGGAGUCUUCUGUAUACUCAGUUUAGGAGGGUCUUGUCACUGAUGCGUUUUACGAUCCGUAUUGCGAGCCAUGUGCUUUCCUCAUUAAAUAGCCUCUGCUGUUUUAAAGUUCUGUUCAAACACACACACAUUGGGGCGAGGAGGGCAAAGCAAAUCGCAUUGGAACACAAAACAAAAUGUCGAAUCAGGCCCGGGAAAGUGACAGCGUUUAUUGCAAAGAAAAUGUUCCGAGUAUUCGCCAGUAAAAGUUUAUAUGAAAAUGUAUGGAGGUGAGAGUGUUUUAUGGCCGUUAUUGACAGCGAGCGGUCAAUAACCUUUGCUCCACCCCAUGUUGUCCCACGGAGUUGAAUUACAAGUCAUAUCAGAGAGAGAGCGGGAGAGACGUGUUGAAGGGUUUGUUUUGCAGUCUUCCGCGGCUGUCGGAAACACAAACAGACAUAAAAUGCGUAUUUGGGCCACCUCACAUUUUAUUUGGUUCAACACAAUGGUUUGACAAUAAAUAACCAUAACAGCAAGCCAUGUGACAGGCGUUGCUGACACAAAAAGGCAAUAUUAAAAUCAUAAUUAGGCCUAGCCCAUUUAUUGGAAGGCUUUUUAAGCUUUUUAUAUUCCUUUACCUUGUUGAAAUCUGCACAAUUAAUGGGACACGAUAUAUUUGUGUGUAGGCCUACAAAACAUGUUAUGCUUCUUCUAAGAGCUUAGGCCCAGGUAAAUAAUAAUCUAAAUCUGUUGUGGACGCGCACGUGAGCAAAAUAACAAGUUGAGCUCAGAGAAACUGGGAGCUUUUCCAACUGCAAUUUUAUAGGAGACGAAUACAAUUUUCUAACCCGGCAUGCGAGCAAUUGAACACACUUUCAGGACAGGGCUCUCCAGACUAAUCUUUGAGUUUUCACUAACACCUCUUUUGUUUGAAAUGUAGGCAUACUUUUGUUUAGUUUGGACCACUUCAUGUCGCGGGAGUAUCUUUAGAUCCUAUUGCUGAAUGUAAUGCCCAAUUUAGUGAUUAUCUUAAGCGCGCGUUGAUGUCGAAGAGAGCUUAAUUCCCUGCGGUAGGUCAAGUGCGAGAACCUAAAGGCCCCAGCUCGAGCUCCCACACAGAUUACCACGGCGCUCAGAGGAACAGACAGUCCCACCUAUGGGGUCAUCACUAGUUACCACAGCCUAUUUGUACAAUUUAUUUUCUUUAAAAAUGUGAUUUUAAACCUAACCACAAUGCUAACCUUAUGCCUAACCUUAAAUUAAGACCAAAAAAGCUAAUUUUUUUUUUUUUAUAAAUUUUUACGAUAUAGCCAGUUUUUUGGGCUUUGGUACCUAGUGGAAACCCACCUAUGGCCCUGCUUAAUUGUAAUUAGCUUAAAACCUAACGUAUUGACACACAAAAAACUGCCCUAGCAUGAUGAAAGUUUUUUUCCCCCCAGCAAGCUUCCACAUUUUACGUUAUCACCAGUAGGCCUAGGCCUAUCGGUGAUGGUCAUUCAUUUAUUAGAAUGAUAUGAAAUGCUAAAGAUUAGGAGAUUUAGAUUAAAUCAUUAUCUACUGCAUAAUAUAUGAUUUUCCAUAUGAUGCUGCAUGGUCCAGCUCCUGUAGUGAAGAGGUUGCGUUUUUGAGUUGUGGUUAAGGAGUAAUUAGGUUGUUUCAGUUGUGUAAACGUGAAGCGUAUUUUUGGUUAAUAUUAAAAUGCGAAAUGUUUUUUGGUCGUGAUCUUUGCAUGGCGCGUGUUUGUUUUCGGGCGGAAUUUACAUUUCAAUCGGGAUUGCGCGGUGGAUUCCCAGGGACAGCAACUCUUAUUUGCUUUAUCGAGUUUUGUUGGUUGCUUCUGGUGUGCGGUGGAGGAGAUUUCCAUGUCCAAUGUCUUGCCAAUCUGUUUACAGUCCAUUCAUUGCGAAAAUAUUUUUGUUCGCUGUGAAAUCAGGUGUACUCAACUGAACGAAUAAUAUUACGUUUUUAUAUAGGCCUAAACACUAUAUUUAUUUCAAGUGUGAAUAUUAUUAUGAUAGGGCUAUCAUUGAUUUUAACGCUGAUUGACAUAUUAUUACACUUACACAUUAACGUCGAAAAAUAUAUAAUUCAUCUCAAAGGCAUCCACGCAAUAAGAAUAUUAGGCCUAUGUAAGAUUAUUAUUUUGAUGUAUGGUUAUGAUGAUGAUGAUGAUGAUGAUGAGUAUUAUUAUUAUUAUGUCGAUUUUAUUGUAACUUAUAUACAUUAAAAUACACAUGGAUAUUCACUUAUUUUCCCAUGUGUGUUGCAGGUCUGGGAGAGUCCUGGGGCCACGUGAGUCGGACCAGAUCUCUGGAUAAUGUCGGGAGAGAGAUGGGAUCACAUCUUUUACAGGUGGGAUCACAUAUCCUACAGGUGCAGACUUUUUUGAAUUAUGAACGCCGUUUUUAUCUUUGGAAUAUAAUUGAAAUGUAAAAAAAAAUCGAAUGGUAAACGUGUUUUUAUUAUUGUAAAUUCUGUACACAUGACUUAUUAUUAUUAUUAUUAUUAUUAUUAUUAUUAUUAUCAUUCAUCAUUAUCCCACGUGACAGCAGCAGUUGUCACCCCGUUAUCCAUAUUUUAAAGGGAGAGUGAUUUUCGUCCUCCCGCCGCCACCCUCCUGCUGCUCUCAUUCUUGUGGAUAUAAAUCUGGAAAUAACUUCAACGCAUUCAUAGUCACGCGCUGCGCCUCUCUUCUCUCCUGCAUGAGUCUCUAGUUAACAGGGGUUCCUACAUGAUCGUAACAACACUAAAUGCAACACAGCAAAAGUACCAUGUUAUAGUAUAGUGGAAGUGCUAGACUAUAAUAAUGAUGAUAAUGAUAUUAAUAAGUAUGCAGGUGUUAUUAGUGUGUUUCUAUUGAUAAUUUCAAGAUAAUUGAUAAUUUCAAGCUAAUUAAUUUGUGUACAUUGAAGUCAAUUGUAUUGUUGUUGUUAUUAUUAUACUAAUUGGUUAGCAACCUUUUUGAUACAGUCAACCGAUAAAAUAAAAUACACACCACUAUGCUACGAUGCUGUCAUGGACGCGUCUCCGAUAUUAAUUUGAUGAGUUUUCCUUAUUUUGUAUUGACAACAGAUUGAUUGAAUAUUAAUAUGAUAGAUUAAAUGAUCUAAUAACCUGUAUAGUAGCAUGAAUAUGUAGGCCUAGCUAGACCAAGGUCUACGCACAUUUUGUCUACAUAGGACCUAAUUAAUAUAUAAGUUACAUGUAUUUUUCAGACGUUGGACGGGUUCAUUUUUGUGGUUGCUCCGGACGGGAAAAUAAUGUACAUAUCUGAAACAGCAUCGGUCCAUUUGGGCCUAUCACAGGUAGGCUGCUACACAAUGCGUCUUUAUUUCGAUUAAAUUGAUUCCUUUAUUUUGCAUUCGAUUUAAAUCGAUCCUUGUGCUUUGUGCUACAGUAGACAUAGUCUAUGGUCCUAUGUUUCACGUUCCUUGAAAGCAAUGACACAUGCAUACGCACACAUUGUGAUAUUGUUGUAUGGUGGUAUUAAACAUUUUGUAUUGUAGAUAGGUAGUGGUGUAAUAAUGUCAUAUGAUGUACUGUUUUAUAUUUUGUUUUAUAUGUAAUGCAAGUGCUUUAAUAUGUUUGGAUUAGCAGCAGUUAAUGGGGAUCCGUAAUAAAUACAAAUACACAUGACUAAACGUGUAUUUUAACAGGUAGAGCUGACGGGAAAUAGUAUUUACGAGUACAUCCACCCCGCUGACCACGACGAAAUGACCGCGGUGCUAACAGCUCACCAGCCAUGCCACUCGCACUUUGUCCAAGGUAUGGUAGCCUGUGUAUGCUAUGGCGCCUGACUGAGCACUGAAUCAUGUGUCAUGGUAUUUACAUUAUAUGAUCGUCUUUGAUUGCGUUUUCUCUGUCUGUCUUUGAAGAAUAUGAAAUGGAACGUUCGUUCUUCUUGAGAAUGAAAUGCGUCCUCGCGAAAAGAAAUGCUGGUCUGACAUGUGGUGGAUACAAGGUAUGUCUGUGUUGCUGCUAUGUUUCUCUAUGUCGAAGUUGUUAGAUUAUAUAGUCAGUCAUUCCAGUUUGUAUUGAUAGUGUGACUGAAUUGUUGAUAGUUGGGAACAUGGUCGUUAUAAUUGAAACCUAGAUUUUCAACUUUUCUGCCAAACAGCUGUUGGUUUCUGAAAAAUCCAUCAAACUGUAGUUUUAGCCCUGCUAGAAACUCUCCAUUCCCAUGCAGUCCAUAAUAAUACAAAUCUCUUGCAGUACCUCUAAAGUGGUUGAAUGCAUAUUUCCAUAUGUGUAUUCUUAUAUAUUGUAGGCUUACAUACAUAUUUGUGUGAACAAUUCUGUCAGGUGAUCCACUGCAGCGGGUACCUAAAGAUCCGUCAGUACAGCCUGGACAUGUCUCCAUUUGAUGGCUGCUACCAGAACGUGGGCUUGGUGGCGGUGGGCCACUCUCUACCCCCUAGCUCUGUCACUGAAAUCAAACUACACAGCAACAUGUUCAUGUUCAGAGCCAGCCUGGAUAUGAAGCUCAUCUUCCUCGACUCCAGGUAAAUACAGUAUUAAACGCCACUCACACACUGGAGAUGCUUAGUGGUCCCAAAUCCUUAAGGUUCCACUUGAAACAACUUAUAAAGGCUUUGUAGAGCAUUCAUAAUGUCUUCAUAAACACUACACAGAUGCUUGAGUAGUCAUACACAUCUGAAAUAAUGUGGAAGAUGCGAAAAAUAGGGUACAUUCUGUAUGCAUAUGUAUCUGUAAUUCUGAGUGUGUGUAUUUAAUAUUGUGUAUGUCCCAGGGUAGCUGAGCUGACAGGCUAUGAGCCCCAGGAUCUUAUAGAGAAGACCCUCUAUCACCAUGUCCAUAGCUGUGACUCCUUCCACCUCAGAUGUGCACACCACUUGUGUGAGUUAGGUUUGUUUUGCCCUCCUACAGUUACUAUCUACAAGUCCUCAGCACUAGAAUUUUCUAUCUGUGAUAUAUUAACAGUGUAGUGGCAAUAGUAAUAUUAACAAAAGUCAUAACUAACACCACUGUCUGUACUGAAUUUUACACAGAUAUCUAAUGCACUUCCAGUGCAUUCGGAAAGUAUUCAUUUUGUUACGUUACAGCCUUAUUCUAAAAUUGAUUAAAUUGUUUUUUUCCCCUCAUCAAACUACACACAAUACCCCAUAAUGACAAAGCAAAAACAGGUUUUUAUACAUUUUUGCAAAUGUAUUAAAAAUAAAAAAAUAAAAUAUCACAGUAUUCAGACCCUUUACUCAGUACUUUGUUGAAACACCUUUGGCAGUGAUUGCAGCCUUGAGUCAUGUUGGGUAUGACGUUACAAGCUUGGCACACCUGUAUUUGGGGAGUUUCUCCCAUUCUUCUCUGUAGAUCCUCUCAAGCUAUGUCAGGUUGGAUGGGGAGCGUCGCUGCACAGUCAUUUUCAGGUCUCUCCAGAGAUGUUCGAUCGGGUUCAAGUCUGGGCUCUACCUGGGCCACUCAAGGACAUUCAGAGACUUGUCACAAAGCCACUCCUGCAUAGUCUUGGCUGAGUGCUUAGGGUCAUUGUCCUGUUGGAAGGUAAACCUUCACCCCAGUCUGAGGUCCUGUGCGCUCUGGAGCAGAUCCUGACUAGUCUCCCAGUCCCUGCCGCUGAAAAACAUCCCCACAGCAUGAUGCUGCCACCACCAUGCUUCACCUUAGGGAUGGUGCCAUGUUUCCUCCAGAAGUGACGCUUGGCCUUCAGGCCAAAGAGUUCAAUCUUGGUUUCAUCAGACCAGAGAAUCUUGUUUCUCAUGGUCUGAGGGUCUUUAUGUGCCUUUUGGGAAACUCCAAGUGGGCUGUCAUGUGCCUUUUACUGAGGAGUGGCUUCCCUAUGGCCACUCUACAAUAAAGGCCUGAUUGGUGGAGUGCUGCAGAGAUGGUUGUCCUUCUGGAAGGAUCUCCCAUCUCCACAGAGGAACUCUGGAGCUCUCUCAGAGUGACCAUCGGGUUCUUGGUCACCUCCCUGACCAAGGCCCUUCUCCCCCGAUUGCUCAGUUUGGCCAGGCGGCCAGCUCUAGAAAGAGUCUUGGUGGUUCCAAACUUCUUCCAUUUAAGAAUGAGCGAGGCCACUGUGUUCUUGGGGACCUUCAAUGCUGCAGAAAUGUUUUGGUACCCUUUCCCAGAUCUGUGCCUCGACACAAUCCUGUCUUGGACCUCUACGGACAAUUCUUUUAACCUCAUGGCUUGGUUUUUGCUCUGACAUGCACUGUCAACUGUGGGACCUUAUAUUCUAAAAAAUUCUAAACCUGUUUUCGCUUUGUCAUUAUGGGGUAUUGUGUGUAGAUUUCUGAGGAUUUUUAUUUUAUUUAAUCCAUUUUAGAAUAAGGCUGUAACAUAACAAAAUGUGAAAAAAGUCAACAGGUCUGAAUACUUUCUGAAUGCACUGUAAUUGUACUUUAAUAAUUGCUUUACAGCAUUUUUUUGUUGAACCAUCUGAUUGAUAUUAUGGUUUCACAUCACCAGAGGCUAAAUUAUUAUCUGACCCAAAAAAUAUGAUAUAUUUUAAUUAUGUCUUAUCAGUUCUAAUAUAUUUUGUGUAUGACAGAGUAAUUGCAAUAACCUGUUCUACUUAGAACGACAUCCAUGUUGCACUACAAUCAUAUCAUCCAAUUAUGUUAUACAUGACCACUAAUUAAUGAUUAAUUAUUUUUGGAACAAUGAUAUGAACAAGAAUUUCAGUUUCCCUCUAACUCUCUCUCUCUCUGAGCGGCGAGAGAUGAGAUAGGAGAUCAGAGAGCAGAAGUGCGAGGAGAGAGAGGGUCGAGAGCGUGGGAGAAAUGGACCGGGGCCCCCUCCUUCAAUCUCGCGAGCAACCGAGAGAGAGGCUUCUCAAAAACAGGACUCUCCUAUUACUCGCAUCAAAACUCUCUCACCCUCUCUCCCCCCCCCCCCCCCCCCCCCCCCUCCAGUGCUGGUAAAAGGCCAAGUGACCACUAAGUACUAUAGGUUCCUGGCUAAGCAGGGUGGCUGGGUCUGGGUCCAGAGCUAUGCCACCAUCGUACACAACAGCCGUUCCUCCAGACCCCACUGUAUCGUCAGUGUCAACUACGUCCUCACGUAGGUACCUCUGUAAAACCCCAGAGGAUAACACAUGAAAGCAUUGUACAACCCUUAUUUCUUAUGUGGUCCUUGGUGGAUGACACACAGGACUAACACUACAUCAGUGGCUCAUAAUCUGUGUGCUAGUCCCACUGUGCCUACAGUGGGGAAAAAAAGUAUUUAGUCAGCCACCAAUUGUGCAAGUUCUCCCACUUAAAAAGAUGAGAGAGGCCUGUAAUUUUCAUCAUAGGUACACGUCAACUAUGACAGACAAAAUGAGAAAAAAUAAUCCAGAAAAUCACAUUGUAGGAUUUUUUAUGAAUUUAUUUGCAAAUUAUGGUGGAAAAUAAGUAUUUGGUCAAUAACAAAAAAUUCUCAAUACUUUGUUAUAUACCCUUUGUUGGCAAUGACACAGGUCAAACGUUUUCUGUAAGUCUUCACAAGGUUUUCACCCACUGUUGCUGGUAUUUUGGCCCAUUCCUCCAUGCAGAUCUCCUCUAGAGCAGUGAUGUUUUGGGGCUGUCACUGGGCAACACAGACUUUCAACUCCCUCCAAAUAUUUUCUAUGGGGUUGAGAUCUGGAGACUGGCUAGGCCACUCCAGGACCUUGAAAUGCUUCUUACAAAGCCACUCCUUCGUUGCCCGGGCGGUGUGUUUGGGAUCAUUGUCAUGCUGAAAGACCCAGCCACGUUUCAUCUUCAAUGCCCUUGCUGAUGGAAGGAGGUUUUCACUCAAAAUCUCACGAUACAUGGCCCCAUUCAUUCUUUCCUUUACACAGAUCAGUCAUUCUGGUCCCUUUGCAGAAAAACAGCCCCAAAGCAUGAUGUUUCCACCCCCAUGCUUCACAGUAGGUAUGGUGUUCUUUGGAUGCAACUCAGCAUUAUUUGUCCUCCAAACACGACGAGUUGAGUUUUUACCAAAAAGUUCUAUUUUGGUUUCAUCUGACCAUAUGACAUUCUCCCAAUCCUCUUCUGGAUCAUCCAAAUGCACUCUAGCAAGCUUCAGACGGGCCUGGACAUGUACUAGCUUAAGCAGGGGGACACGUCUGGCACUGCAGGAUUUGAGUCCCUGGCGGCGUAGUGUGUUACUGAUGGUAGGCUUUGUUACUUUGGUCCCAGCUCUCUGCAGGUCAUUCACUAGGUCCCCCCGUGUGGUUCUGGGAUUUUUGCUCACCGUUCUUGUGAUCAUUUUGACCACACGGGGUGAGAUCUUGAGUGGAGCCCCAGAUCGAGGGAGAUUAUCAGUGGUCUUGUAUGUCUUCCAUUUCCUAAUAAUUGCUCCCACAGUUGAUUUCUUCAAACCAAGCUGCUUACCUAUUGCAGAUUCAGUCUUCCCAGCCUGGUGCAGGUCUACAAUUUUGUUCUGUGUCUUUAUCUUGGUUUGGCUACUGUUUGGUUGUGGACAGGUUCUUUUUAUGAUAAACAGUUCAAACAGUGCCAUAAUACAGUAACGAGGGAGACAAGGAGUCUCUUAAAGGAAGUAACAGGUCUGUGGAGCCAGAAAUCUGCUUGUUUUAGGUGCCAAAUACUUAUUUCACAUAUUGCAAAUAAAUUCUUAAAAUCCUACAAUGCGUGGAUUUUUUUUUCCAAUUGUCUUAUUUACACCUGAGAAACUAAGGCCUCUUUUUAAGUGGGAGAACUGCACAAUGUGUGCAUAAUACUUUUUUCCCCCACUGUAUAUCCUACCCUUUUGCUUUGUCUGUACAUCACCAAUAAGUCUGUGGUACAUCCUUAUCAAAGGCGUGGACUCUUUCAGUGGAAAGAAUGGUGCUGUAGCUCUAAUGUGUCUGGUAUUUCUUCAGUGGAUGAUUAUAUCUCCUAGCGGGAAGCAUGGCACCGCAGAGAGAGAUCAGCAGUCACAUCUGUCCUUGAUUUGUUUGGUCUGAUGUGAUUCCUGGCUCUGGGAGUGUCCGGCCAGGCCUGAGCCUGUUCAGAUUUUUACACAGCACCACACACACACACACACACACACACACACACACACACACACACACACACACACACACACACACACACACACACACACACACACACACACACACACACACACACACACACAAACAUACACACACAUUUCUUUGUAGUUCUGCUUAGCUGUCGUUUCCCUCUCUGAUAAGAUAAUGAGUAUUGGCACCCGAUGUUUACACAAGCCAUCACUGCAAAGCAAUUAACGAGAAGUUAAUAAGAAAUUUUAAAAAACAGUCAAAAGCUUGGACACACUUACUCAUGCCAGGGUUUUUCUUUAUUUAAAAAAAACUAUUUUCUACAUUGUAGAAUAAUAGUGAAGACAUCAAAACUAUGAAAUAACACAUAUGGAAUCAUGUAGUAACCAAAAAAGUGUUAAACAAAUCAAAAUAUAUUUGAUAUUUGAGAUUCUUCAAAGUAGCCACCCUUUGCCUUGAUGACAGCUUUGCACACUCUUUGGCAUUCUCUCAACCAGCUUCACCUGGAAUGCUUUUCCAACAGUCUUGAAGAAGUUCCCACAUGCUGAGCACUUGUUGGCUGCUUUUCCUUCACUCUGCGGUCCAACUCAUCCCAAACCAUCUCAAUUGGGUUGAGGUCAGGUGAUUGUGGAGGCCAGGUCAUCUGAUGCAGCACUCCAUCACUCUCCUUCUUGGUCAAAUAGCCCUUACACAGCCUGGAGGUGUGUUGGGUCAUUGUCCUGUUGAAAAACAAAUGAUAGUCCCACUAAGUGCAAACCAGAUGGGAUGGCGUAUCGCUGAAGAAUGCUGUGGUAGCCAUGCUGGUUAAGUGUGCCUUGAAUUCUAAAUAAAUCACAGACAGUGUCACCAGCAAAGCACCCCCACACCAUCACACCUCCUCCAUGCUUCACGGUGGGAACCACACAUGCGGAGAUCAUCCGUUCAUCCUACUCAGCGUCUCACAAAGACACGGCGGUUGGAACCAGAAAUCUCACAUUUGGACUAAUCAGACCAAAGGACAGAUUUCCACCGCUCUAAUGUCCAUUGGUCGUGUUUCUUGGCCCAAGCACGUCUCUUCUUCUUAUUGGUGUCCUUUAGUAGUGGUUUCGUUGCAGCAAUUCGACCAUGAAGGCCUGAUUCACACAGUCUCCUCUGAAAAGUUGAUGUUGAGAUGUGGCUGUUACUUGAACUCUGUGAAGCAUUUAUUUGGGCUGCAAUUUCUGAGGCUGGUAAUUCUAAUGAACUUAUCCUCUGCAGCAGCGGUACUCCUUUCCUGUGAUGGUCCUCAUGAGAGCCAGUUUCAUCAUAGAGCUUGAUGGUUUUGCGACUGCACUUGAAGAAACUUUCAAAGUUCUUGAAAUGUUUUAAAGUAAUGAUGGACUGUUGUUUCUCUUUGCUUAUUUGAGCUGUUCUUGCCAUAAUAUGGACUUGAUCUUUUACCAAAUAGGGCUAUCUUCUGUAUACCAACCCUAUGUUGUCACAACACAACUGAUUGGCUCAAACGCAUUAAGAAGGAAAGAAAUCCCACAAAUUAACUUUUAAUAAGGCACACCUGUUCAUUGAAAUGCAUUCCAGCAUUGGGAAGGGUGGCUACUUUGAAGAAUCUCAAAUGUGAAAUAUAUUUUGAUUUGUUGAACACUUUUUUUGGUUACUAUAUGAUUCCAUAUGUGUUAUUUCAUAGUUUUGAUGUCUUCACUAUUAUUCUACAAUGUAGAAAAUAGCACAAAUAAAGAAAAACCCUAGAAUGAGUAGGUGUGUCCAAUCUUUUGACUGGUGCUGUAUAUAUUUUUAGAUUAAAAAGAAACGUUUUUUGGUUCAUUUGCAUAAAUGACUUAAGUGUAGUGGAUGAGGUGUUUGUUGAAGGUAAGUUUUGACAGGAUUGUAAAAAGGAAAAGUCUAUUUAUUUGGUGAGGUCAUUUAUAGUGUAGCGGAAUGGUGUAUUUUCAUCUGGUCAAAGCCUGUCAACUGUGCUUUUGUUGUUGUGUAGAUUUUAGGAUGAAAUGUUCUGUUAGUUUAUUUUCUCUAUUAGGGUGAGAUGUUACAGUAGCUGACAGGAAGGCUGCAGCGUUCUAUCACUAUUCAAUUUAGAAUAAUCAUUUCAUGAAAAACUGAAAGUUGUUUACUGUCACUUUCUUCUGCUGUAGAAUAGUUAUGAUGUGUAGUAGUGUGGAUGUCUGUGUGUAGCAUAGUUAUUGUGUUGAGUAGUGUGGGUGUCUGUGUGUAGAAUAGUUAUUGUGUUGAGUAGUGUGGGUGUCUGUGUGUAGAAUAGUUAUUGUGUUGAGUAGAUUGGGUGUCUGUGUGUUGAGGUCAUUGAGUUAUCAGGUUUACUAAAGCUUAUUCAUGUCUAUGGACUUGGCUGUUACUUUUGGUACCCUCACCCAGGAAGGGAAAGUCACUUGGCAGGCUGUCUGUGGAAUGAACAACAUGUCCAUCUGUCUGUCUGCAGACUGUGUCAACUGUCUCAGUCAGGCAUGGGUUCAAAACCAUUUUUUUUUCUUCCUAAUACUUUGAAUGUGUUUGAGUCAACCUGGCCUGAGGUGUCAGAUAGAAGGGCUUUCACUGUUGGCAAUAUUCCAUUGUCUCUAUUGCGCCAGGCAAACCUCAAUCCAGUCAAGCUGAAGUAUUAGAAAGAAAACCAAUACAGUUUGAACCCAGGUCUGGUGGACUGUCUUUCUCAGUCAGUGGUAUUGAGCUUAGUGUGGGCCUCUGUCAUGCAUGAGCACUGAUAAACAACACACUUUGCUUCAACCCAGUUUUCCACUGGAAAAUACAUUCAAAUCUCUUUUCACUCGGCAUGCGCUUGCUUUAUCAACUGAACUGCAAACAGUCCAGAUAUAGAUAUAGAUAUAGUCUGAGUCAAGCUCUAUUGGUUCUGUCAGUGUUAGUAUUUCCUGGUGUGCUGCUGUGUGUAAUGUGUAUUGCUGCAGAUGUAAAAGUGUUGCAGUAAAUGAAUUAGGCCCAUAAAACACUCCAUUAACCAGAGGAGGCAGAAGAGGCUGCUCCGUACAGAGGAGAGAAGAUGGAAACGGCUUUACACGCACUGCUGCAGCCGCAGACUACCCCCUCCCCAAAUCCAUAACGGUGUUUAUGAGGUUUUAAUUGAUAGGCCAUAAAGAUGAUGAGCGUUUAUGGCUGCCAGCUUGGUGAAAGAGUAGAGAGUUUAGAAUUUGUGAAUGGAGAUUUCGAGUUCCCCCCAUGAGAUCUUUUUUAAAAACAUUUAUUUUUAUUGAAUCACAUACUGUACAGUCAAUUAGAACCGUCUUGUGAUCUUGUUGAGAUGUUUUAUCGUGUGAGACAUUAAGCUAUAAUGAGACAAUAUGCAAACGUGUUGUUUUGCCUCAACGUAUCUGUGAGAAUAGCAUCAGUCAGUCAGUGAAUUCAUAGUCACUCAGUUCAUUAGCAGAGAGAGAAAGAGAGGAAGAACAAUACAAUGUCAUCCGCUGAGUGUUCCUGUCAUGUCUGAGGCUAAAUAAUAAUGAUAAUAAUGAGUUCAUUAUUUCCCCCUAAAUUUCUGAGAGAAUGGCAUGGGAUUUAGUCAGUUCAUCAGAGAACUAUCAUGGCCCCUUUCUCAUUGUUGUUAUCAGAGGUAGUGGUGGGUGAUUCACACAGUAGCUGGUAGAGGUGUGCUAGUCUACACUGAUUAACACACAGAUAGUAGGGCACACAGGAGUUCACCUCUGGUUGAACUGCCUCUGUGUGUACUAGUACUGAUAACCUCUCUGCCUCGUCCUAUUGGCUAGUACUGAUAACCCUUCCACAUUCCAUCCCUUCCUAUUGGCCAGGACCUGUCACUGUGACCCCUGACCUUUCUUAGGCAAUACUCUGUGUUUACAGAGAGACAAGAACACUUUAUCACAUAAAGGAGUUGGUGUGUGUGGGUGUGUUGUGCGCUGAAAUGUGUGACCUGACCUGAUCCUAUGAGAAUACUAUUCUGUAUGUUUUUGAUAGUGUUUGUAUGGAACGUGUAUCUCUUGAUUGUGAUUGUGUGUGUUUUCGAAAUCAAAGAUCGUGUGUGUGUGUGUAUGUAUGUGCGUGUACCUAUAUGUGUGUCUGUGUGCGAGCAUGUGUGCAUGCUUGGGGUGUGUGUGUCUGUUUGUGUAUGUGCAUUUGUGUGUGUGUGUGUGUGUGUGUGUGAAGGAUGGAUCAUUGUUUGGCCAGAGUAAACCCUGUCCAGGUUUUUCCAUCCAUCUUCUCCAACUUGAUUCAUCAUAUUGAAUGGAAUCCAUACGGGGAGGACUAGGACCUGAAAUCGGCCCUGGCAUUUCUAACACACUGGCCCAUUUUCUUCCUUGAGACCCCUACACCGGCCCAUUUCUUUCAUUGAGGCCACAUUAUUAGCCAGAUAAUGCUUAUUUGGACAGUCCCACUCGGUUACAAAUGGACCAGCCCAUCUGUCAUUUGCCCGAAAUGCCAGAUGGCCAGUCCACCCCUGCUUUACAGAGAAAUCAAUUCCCAUUUCCAAGUACUGUCUCCUGGCAUGGAGUUCCUGUGGGCUUGGUUUAGCCAGACAUAUCCCUUAAUCGCAUGUGUAUUUGAACGGACAGCCUCCCCUCUGUUGUAUGUUUGUUAAAGGCCUUGUUACAAUCCUGAUGGAGAAACAAGUCCUUCCAAAAGCCUCUCUACCUCUCUCUCUCUCUCUCCCCCCCCCCCCCCUUGUUUCUCUCCCUCGCGCGGCGGCCCACGCAUCGCCACCACGCACGCACCACGCACGACACCACACACAACACACAACACCACACACUCUCUCUCUCUCUCUCUCUCUCUCUCUCUCUCUCUCUCUCUCUCACUCACUCACUCACUCACUCACUCACUCACUCACUCACUCACUCACUCACUCCACUCACUCAUCACACUCACACUCACACACACACACACACCACACACACACACACACACACACACACACACACACACACACCACACACACACACACACACACACACACCAUGCUCUAAUUACCAAACAGAUGUUAGUGGACAUUCGCAUCCUGAGAGUUGAAAAAAAUAAAAUACCCAGAUAAACAAACACACACCCCACACUUGAAUAAACAGUCUUAAGAGUGGAGCUGCCUUGCCUUGUUUAAUGAGGGGCUUUAUGUAAUCUUAACACACAGAGUUAAAUCAGGAAAACACCUGUGGAACUACAUGAUCUACAGUACAUACUGUAUGUGUAUGUUUCUGCAGGGAUACUGAGUAUAAAGGACUCCAGCUGUCUCUGGACCAGGUGACAGACACCAAGCCCUCCUUCCCCUUCAGAAGUACUCCCCCCAGCCUCACUGAGAACCGCAGAGCACCCAGGAACAGAGUGUCCCGAGCCAAGGCCAAGGCUCGACUGUCCCCCUACACACAGGUGAGGCUCUACAGGAACAUACAGCACUGGUCCUGUACACAUCCUACACAGAGGCAAAUAUUUUCUAUUUGAGCCAGGAUACUGCAUGAUCUGUCAGUGAUGGGCGGUGGCUUCUACCUGAUUGAUCACUUCUUGAUGACCUGGGUAAUGACUCAUAUUUUUCCUCUCGCUCUCUCUCUCUCUCUCUCUUGGUCUCUCUCUCUCCCUCUCUCUACUUCUCGCUCCCUCUCUCUCCCUCUCGCUCCCUCUCGCUCCCUCUCUCUCUCGCUCUCCCUCUCGCUCUCUCUCUCUCUCUCUCUCUCUCGCUCUCUCUCCCGCUCUUUCUCUCGCUCUCUCUCCCGCUCUCUCUCCCGCUCUCUCUCGCUCUCUCUCUUUCGCUAUCUCUGCAGUACACUGGUUUCCAGGCCGAGCGGUCAGAGUCGGACCAGGAUAGCCCUUGGGCAGGAUCUCCCCUCACAGACUCCGCUUCCCCUCAGCUGCUGGAGCAGGGAGAGGGGCUUGGCGCCUCCUGUGCCUACAAGCAGUUCUCCGAGCCACGUCCCCUCUGCUACAGCCUCCCAAUCACUGAGGAGCACCACCACCACACCCCGAGCGACAGCCACUCCCACCUCCACACACACGGCCACAACCAGACGUGCGAGCGGGGCCGCUGUGAGGCAGGGAGGUACUUCCUGGGUGCUCCUCAGGGUGGGAGAGAGGCAUGGUGGGGAGCUUCCCGCUCUGUGCUGCCCCUGGCCAAGACCUCGUCCCUGGAGAAUGGAGAGGGAUACGAGAGCAGCGUGCCCCACAUCACCUCCAUCCACAGUCUGCAUAGUAAGUCCCUAUCCCUGGCCCUUUAGCUUGUAUUACUGUAGGAGGCUGGAGAUGGGUGAACUCCACUGUUGCAGGCACAAAGACACAGAGAUUUCAUUCGGGUUGGUACAAAAGCCUGCUCACACUUCAGAUCUCCCACCUCUGCUUUAUUUAACCUUUAUUUAACCAGGAAAGAACCUUGUGGUUAAAAACCUAUUUUGCAAUGGUGACCUGGAAGAGGUCAGCAGAAAAUACAGGUUAGUUUUAACACUUAACCUGUAGGAUAACAUGCUGCUAGUUCUGCUUAGCCCUGGAUAUAGCUUCCUGUUGGCUCUAAGAUCAGUGUCCUGUCCCUCCCUCUACAGACCGUGGCCAAUGGGACCAGGACAGUGUGGUCAGCUCGCCAGACGGGGGCUCCGCCAGCGACUCAGGGGAUCGUUACCGCGCAGACUACUUCCGGGCCAGCCCCCAGGAGCCAAGCAAGAUCGAGACCCUGAUCCGAGCCACGCAGCAGAUGAUCAAGGAGGAGGAGAAUCGGCUGCAGCACCGCAGUAAGCUCCACCCAGGCCCUGACACUCAUCUAGGGCCUGCCAACGGCCUCCCGAAGGGCCCCGGCCCCUGCUUCACCACCGACUACCCCCAGGGGGUGCUACAGAGUGUGUUGUGCCGUGGCCUGGGUCAGCUGGGUCAGGUGAUCAGCCCCGCCUCAAGCCCUGCCCCUCUCUCCAGGCUCAGCAGCCCAGGGUCUGACCACCACCCCCCCAAGCCCAAAAACUACCUCCAGCAGACCGGACAGACAGACCUGUCCCCUCUCCCUCUCCCCCAGCCCCUGCAUCACCAGCUUGGCUGUCCAGGCCCCUGCUCAGCCUCCUCCCCUACCCCUGCCCCGGCCCUCUACCCUUCCCACCCCCAAACCCAAACGAGGAGGCCCUAUCUGGACAAGCAAGCUGCUACCUACUCCCUGACGGGCUACGCCCUGGAGCACCUGUAUGACACAGAGAGCCUCAGGGACUUCUGUUCCUCCGCUGGCUCUACCCACUACGACGUGACUUCACACCUGCGCAUGCAGGCAGAGCAGGGGCCGGGACACAAGGGGACCUCCGUCAUCAUCACCAACGGCAGCUAACAUCCGCUCGUCCAAUAACACUAAAGGGAUGUCUAAAAUGUCACCCUAUUCCCUAUACAGUACGCUACUUUUGACCAGAGCCUGCAUAGGGCUCUGGUCAAAAGUAAUGCACUACAUAGGGAAUAGGGUGACAUUUUGGACGCACACUAAAACACAUGAAGAAGAAACUGUGGAUCCAUGGAAUCUCCAUGCUAUAGCCCAGCCUCAACGGCCUCUUCUGCAUCUUAUCCAGCAAAACCCUUUUUUUCCCUAUCCUACUUCUUGUGUUUCCUUUUCUUUUAGUUUUUACAGAGCUACGUUAUUCCAUUUGCACUGUCAGAAAUUAAGUUUCACUGUGGGAACCUCAUCCCUAUGGUUGAAGAUAGGGUUGUGGAUAUGUUUUGAGUUAACAGGGCAGGGUUCAAUGUUAGUGCGCUUUUUAGUGAUGUUGGUGGUCAGAAUCCCCUUAUCACAAAGAACUUAAGAGUUAAACUCAACUAGACCUGGUUAAAUAUAUUUGUUUUUUGCCUCUGCUACAGACUGCUAUCUCGGCCCGCUAAUACAGGAUGGGUAAAGGCCCAGAGCACUACUUUUGUGAUAAUAAUUCUGCAGCACCCUUAGCACCACUACUUCCUGCAGCUGAUUACAGGUGUGCAGUACAGAGAUGAAGCAUAAAUGACACAAAAGAACUUCACAGACAUCAACAUUUAUGCAAAUUCAUUAUAUCUGUGUUUUCCCCACUAGGUAAGGUAUGGAUUAAGGGAAGUGUACCAACAGUUCACCUAUACUACAACAGUUAUUAGUGCUUUGGUCUAUAGUGGUAUAAUGUCACCUCAGGGAGGAUAAACACAUUAUAUACAACGUCUAAUGAACAACCUUAUUGAGAUGUGAUUACUGGGAGGCUAAGGGUCAAUAUGAUGACGUGGAUUGUCUCAUUCGCCAGGUGUAGUGGUAAACGCUGAGGGGGAGUUUACAAGGUAAACACUGAGGUGGGAGUUAGCAUGAUAACAAGGCUGAGGUGGGAGUUAGCAUGCUAACAAGGCUAAGGUGAGAAUUAGCAUGAUAACAAGGCUGAGGUGAGAGUUAGCAUGCUAACACGGCUGAGGUGGGAGUUAGCUUGCUAAUAAGGCUGAGCGUGUGUGUACCUUCGAGGCAUGUCUUGUUAUAGUGUCAACAAGGGUAAUUGUACAGUUAUUGUACUGGAAAGAGAUGCCCAUUGUUUAUUGAACAGAUGAUGAGAUGAAGGAAAAAUCAAGAGAUGGUGAAAUGGAGAGAUUGUGUCUGAUGUGGUUGAUUGACUAGUGCACUGUUCAGGAGAGAGGUUAGGCCACUUUCUGUCUAAUAUUACAGAAUGAUGCCAUGGCAACACUUGCUUGUACCAACAUGACAUGAGUUAUUAUUACCAUAAUUAUAUAAGUUAUAUGACAAUUCAUGAAAUGUUUUCACAAAGUCAUGAUGCAUGCAGCAAUAUGCAAUCCAAUCGGUUGGGUAGUCAUUUAGACAGCCUAAAUCAUCAUAACAUCUGAUCAUGAUAAUGCUUGUUUGUUAAAAAGCUGGCAUUACCUUUCACUAAUGCUUGUGACAACCUUCAUAUCAUGUUUAUUAUACUGUUUUGUAGGCGGUGUGACACAUUUCAAGCGUUUCCCUGGAUUCUGUUGUAAAUGUGGUCACUAUAUCUCAUAUAUUUAUAAGUUUGGAAUUUUGUCAGAGUCUGAAUUGUGCUUCUCCAAAGUUAUUUAUGAUGUAAAUAUGCUCAGAAAAAGACACCACUUUGAAGCACAAGGGAAAAGUUGUAUUUAUUUAGUGAAUGUUUAUUUAGGGUUUUGAAAUAUAGUUGCAAUCAAAACAGUCUGCUUGCAUAUGAGUGUGUUUUGAUUUAAACAAAUUCUAUGCGAAAAAUAAAUAAAUGGAACACUUUUUUCAAAGAAAAAAUGGCUCAUAAUUGACAUGUGUGUUUUCUAUUGUAGGCUACUGUAAUAAUUUGAGUGUAAAUGCAAUAAUCAACUUAUAUUGUCUAUAGAUGCUGAAAAAUAUAUAAGAAACAAAACAAAGCAAAUCUAUUAGACUACAUGAAACUGUAUAUUUACUAUUACAUUUACCAAUAAAAAGAAAAGUAUUGCAUUCUGACCAGCUAAUAAUAAACUAAAAAGACUGAAGUGAAAUGCAAGUAAAAAAAAAAAAACACACCCCAAAACUGUGAUAUGUUUACUAUGUUUACUAAUACCAUUUUCUGCAAUGAUUCAAUUUAAUCGUAUUUCAGAGAUGGGACAUUUUAGCAGUGAGAAGCACACUAAAUGUCCCCUGGUUAUGUGUGGUCGCUAUGGCAAAUAAAGAGGCUGAUGAAAAUCGAUACGGGACGAUCUCCAAUUAAGCGAGAAGAUUAUGCAAGACUAGAAGGUCAGUGCUAGCAGACUGCAUCAUCUCUCUCUCCAUCACUUUCCUCUGUUCUGCCAUAGUCGAGGUGUAAAGGGAAGGAAUAGUUAGGAAACAAGAGCUAGGGGACGAGAGGAAGAGAGCGAGGAUGUAGGAGGAGAGGAGAAGGAAGGAGAGGAUGGAGGAGUGAGGGAGGAGGAUGGAGUGGAGAGGAGGAGGAGGAGGAGGGAGGAGGGAGAGGAGGAGGAGAGGAGGAGGAGCGGGAGGAGGAGGAGAGGGAGGAGGAGGAGGAGGAGGAUGAGGGAGGAGGGCAUGAGGAGGAGGAGGAGGAGGGGAGGGAGGAGGAGGAGGAGGAGGAGGAGGAGGAGGAGGAGAGGAGGAGGAGCGAGGAGGGGAGGAAGGAGGAGGAGGGACGAGAGGAGGAGGGAGGAGGAGGAGGCAGGUGAGAGGAGGAUGGAUUAGGAUGAGUGAUUCCUGCGAGGAUCUUCUUUCUCUUAUCUUCUCUUCUUCUUCCUUAUUCUUCUUCUUCUUUCUUCUUCCUUCUUCUUCUUCUUCUUUCCUCCCUCUGCAGAAGUAGCAGUGCAUGUCUAAUUGUGGUCCAGUGA